AUGCAAAUGUAUAUUUCAUAAAAAUAGCAAAAGUUACCUUGUAACUUUUACAUACAUUCUUGGGUUUCAAAUUUUAUCGAUUUCAAUUAUGAUCUUAUUACAGGUGGCAAAAUUCUAACCUUUGUUAAAUAUUUUUUUACUUUUGAACGAUCUAAUACUUAUUAAUACUUAUUAUAUAUUUAUUAAUAUAUAAUAUAUAUGUAUAAUAUAUAUAUAUAUUGAUAAUACUUAUUAAUAUUUACAAUACUUACACAUUUUAUUAAUACUUAUUAUAAAAGAAUAUUUCGUACAUAUCAUCUAUUUAGUUUAAAAUUUGGAAAUAUUUUGCGAAUAACUGAAUUCUGUUUUUUUGCCAGACAUAACGAGAAUCUUUUCUCGGCAACUUUUGUUCAACCAGACGGUAAACAAAGACAUAUCGCGGACGAAACUCGGCAGUUCAUUUCGGAUUGCAAUUCUAGUUGUGACUGACAUCAGUUUUGUAAUUGAAAAUUCUUCUGGGCAUUGAUAAUCAAACGGAACUCUUUGCGGGUGGCAAAGUACAAAUAAAAAUACUGUUAUACCUCUAGAUUAGAGACGGAUAAUUCGUAUUGUAAAAAUUGAACUCUUUAGAGUCGUGUGUUCGUUUAUAACGUUUUCAGAUGUUAACAAGUAACCUGUCAAGGUUACAUUAUAAUAUACGAUUAUAUAUAUUGAUAUUAUUCUGAUAUAUAUUAUUAUUAUUAUUAAUAUUACAUUAUUACUAUUAGAUUAUAUAAUUAUUAUACACCGUCAAGUCAAUUAAUAACACAAUUUUAUUUAAUUACAAAAUCUUAUUUUAUAUAGUACUAUGAAUACUACUUACUUUAUAUAGUAUUUUUAUACAGUACUUUUAUAUAUACUUUUAUAUAGUACUUUUAUAUUUAGUACUAAGAAUUACUUGUUUGUUUCAGAUUAAAGAGUACAACACAUCACCAUGUCGAAUCCGUCGUUGAAAGACCUGCCAAAAGUAGCCUUAGACUUGAAAAGCGAGUUAGAAGGUUUCAAUCAUGGCUGUAUGAAGAAAGCAGCGACUGCUGAAAAGAACGUUUUACCUUCCGCCGAAGACGUGCGACAGGAACGACAGCAUUCUGAAUUAAUCCACGAUGUGGAGACAUUUAAAGCAGACCAAUUGAAACAUGCCGAUACGAAAGAGAAGAUCAUAUUGCCCAAUGCCAAAGAUGUAGCUGCGGAGAAGACCCAACAAACGCUGAUGUCAGGAAUCGAGACAUUCGACCCGAGCAGUUUGAAGCACACCGAAACUCAAGAGAAGAUUUUCCUACCUGAUAUGGAUGGUACUGCAAAAUUGUUCUGUACAGUGAUCCAGCAGGAGAAGGAAAAACAAGAAUUGAUCUCUGACAUUGAAAAUUUCAAUCCCGCAAAAUUGAAACACGCGGAAACGCUUGAGAAAAAUCCCUUGCCUACCAAAGAAGCAAUCGACGCAGAGAAAAUAGCUGCUUAAAAGAGAAGCUUUCAUAAACGGAAAGAACGGAAAAGAAAGGGAGCAGCGACUCGUCAUUUCUUCCAUUUUCUAUAUCGUGACAUUUUAUAACAAUUACUCAUACAUUGUCGAGAAGAAAAAAGGAGAAUGCGAAACACUGUGUUAAUGUAAUCUUAUGAUUAUACUUAUCCUACCGCCAUGAGCGUCCCUUUCGGCGAGACGCGCAAGUCGACUUUUACACGAAACUAUUAACAACGGAACGACGAUGUAGGUUCAGGCCCAAAUUUAAAAAAAAAAAAAAAAA